AUGGGCUGCUUAAGCGAAAAGCGUCCAGUAUCAGCAUCCAGUCCGAUUCAAAAUCUGAACCCCUUCAUGGAUUCGCAAGGCCUUAUGAGUGCCUGCGGCCGGGUCACGUCCUCUGAACUUCUCCAAUAUGACGAACGGCAUCCGAUAAUCCUUCCAUACGACUGCCAUCUAUCUCGACUCCUUGUUCAAUUUACGCAUCGCAUCACGCUGCACGGUGGCAAUCAGCUGAUGAUCCGCCUGAUUCGGGCCAAAUUCUGGAUUCCAAGGGUGAGGAAGUUGGUCAAGUCCGUCGUCUAUGCUUGUAAAGUAUGUGUCAUCCACAAGAAGAAGUUGCAGACGCAACUCAUGGGAGAGCUUCCGAAGGAACGGACGUCCUUCUCGGAUUAUGCCGGUCCUUUCGAGAUAAAGAACUAUACGGGGCGACCCUGCCUCAUCACAAAGGGGUAUGUGUUGGUUUUUGUGUGCUUCUCCACUAAGGCCAUCCAUUUAGAGCCUACGUCGGACCUUACGACCGAGAAAUUUCUGGCUGCUUUCGCUCGGUUCGUUUCCCGGAGAGGAUGCCCCAGUCAAGUGCAGUCGGACAACGGGAAGACCUUUGUGGGGGCAGCUGCCCUACUAUCUCGCGAUUGUCUCCAGAGCCUAAAGGGGGCUGUGACCGGUGCCUACAGUCACCAACAGCUUCUUUGGCAUUUCAUUCCUCCGGGAGCCCCCCACAUGGGGGCCCUGUGGGAGGCAGGCGUCAAGAGCUUCAAGACCUUGUUCUACACCUUUGAGGAGCUGGAUACUACGUCAAUUAUUAAUCGCUGGCAGCACCUGAAGGCUCUUCAACAGCAAUUUCGGCUGCGAUGGAAGGAAGAGUACCUCAAGGAGCUCCAUAAAAGGAACAAUUGGUGA